AUGGGUUCCUCCAAGAAAAAUCUGAAGGCGACAAAAAAAUUCGAAAAAUCGCAUCUCAAGGAAGUUCUGGAUAAGAGAAAGGCUGGCGCAAAGCUGAAGCAGAAGCUGCAGAUCAAGAACAAGCAAAAAGAGAAACGAGCUUCAGAUGCCGAAUAUAUCAAGGGCUCAAAGGAAGGCGAGGCCGAUGCCUCUGCCAAGAAACCUGCCGGGGGCAAAGCGAAGAAGGUUACCGAGAUGAGCGUCGACGAUUUCUUCUCCGGCGGCUUCGAGGACAUCAUCGACAAAAACGACAAGGCUGGCAAACUCGGCAAGCGGAAGCGAAGCGAAGCCAAGGAGGAAGAAGCUGAAGAGAGCGACUCUGACGUGUCAAUCGGUGUCCAGCCCGUUGCGAGCGACAGCGAAGAUGGCAGCGAAGACGACGACGAUGAGGGUGCUGGACUUGGCAUGAGCGCAGAGGCCAUGAAGGGCCUUGCGGACAAGGAUCCCGAGUUUUUCAAGUUUCUGAAAGAAAACGACCCCGAAGCGUUGGAUUUUGAUGAGAAUGCAGACUUGGCCGAGGUCGACGAACUGAGCGCCGGCGAAGAAGACGAGGAGCUGCCAAAGAAGAAGAGAAAGAAGGGCGGCAAGGCGGAGGAAGAGGCAACACAGAACAACGAGCUGACUCGCAGCACUGUUGCAGGCUGGAGGAAAGCAAUGGAGGAGACCAAGUCUCUGCGAGCGACCAGACAAGUCGUUCUCGCAUUCCGAUGCGCUGCUCACCUUGACGAAGCCGAUGAGGAGGGCCAGGCUGAUAUGCGAUGGUCCAUCAACAGCCCAGAGGUCUUUAAUGAUAUUCUGCUUCUUGCUUUGAAGGAAGUGCCUCUCAUUCUGAACCACCAUCUCCCCAUCAAGGAGUCAGCGGCAGGCAAGGUCUACGUUCAGACAGAGGGCAAGAAGUUCAAGACAUUAUCUCUGCUCUUGAAGUCCUACAUUGCCUCCAUCAUGCACCUCCUCAACUCGCUGUCAGACGACGGCACAAUCACCGUCACCCUCUUGGCGAUUGUGGAGAUUCUCCCAUACCUGCUUUCCUUUAAGAAGCUCAUCAAGGCUCUGGCCAAGUCCAUGGUCAACCUCUGGGCACAAGCCGCUGGCUCUCACUCAUCGCGAGUCACCGCUUUCCGUGUUAUUAGACGGCUCGUCAUCAUCGGAGACAAGGGUAUCCGCGAAACCGUCCUCAAGGCCGUCUACCAGGGCCUCGUCCAGGGCUGCCGAGUCACCAACCACAACACCCUUGCUGGAAUCGACAUGAUGAAGUUUUCGGCCGCCGGACUCUGGGGCAUCGAUCCUGCUGUCGGCUACACCACAGCCUUCACUUUUAUCCGCCAACUCGCCAUCCACCUCCGCAACAGCAUCGUCAACAACAAGAACGAUUCUUUCCGCAUGGUCUACAACUGGCAGUUUACCCACUCGCUCGACUUCUGGGCCCGCGUUCUUGCCGAGCACUGCACGCCUUUGAAGGAGGCCGAGGCCGGCAAGGAGAGCCCCCUGAGGCCACUCAUCUACCCCCUCGUCCAGGUGACCCUCGGCGCCAUGCGUCUUCUCCCCACAUCCCUAUACUACCCUCUUCGAUUCCACCUCAUCCGCUCACUGCUCGUCCUGUCGCGUGCGGCCGACGUCUACAUCCCGCUUGCCUCGCCUCUACUAGAAGUACUCAACUCUGCCGAGAUGAAGAAGGCUCCCAAGGCAUCAACACUCAAGCCGAUGGACUUUGCCGUCGCCUACAGAGCCCCCAAGUCAUAUCUCCGCACACGAGUCUUCCAGGACGGCAUUGGAGAGGAAGUCGGCGAACUCAUGAGCAGCUUCAUGUACACUUGGUCAACCUCCAUCUCCUUCCCCGAACUCGCCCUCCCCGUCAUUAUCCAGCUCAAGCGAUGGCUCAAGCAAGUCAGCGCCAAAUCCAGCGGCAACAAGAACUCCAAGCUCGUCUCACAGUUCUCCGUGCUGGUGCAGAAGCUCGAGGCCAACGCCAAGUUCAUCGAGGAGAAGCGCGCCAAGGUCGACUUUGCGCCCAAGCACCGCAGCCAGGUCGACGCCUUCCUCAAGGACUUUGAUGCGGCCAAGACGCCUCUGGGCGCAUACGUCGUUGGCCAGGCUGCUGCUAGAGCUGAGCGCGCAAAGGUCCUAGCAGAGGCGAGACAGGAGGAGGAGCGAAAGAGGAAAGAGGAUGAAAAGGGUGAAGCACCAGGUGAUGAGGAAGAGAAUAGCGAUGAGGACGUAGAUAUGGACGAGGAGCUUGGGGGAGAGGAUGACGAUGAGGAAGAAGAUGACGAGUAG